AUGGUGUUGUCAUCGGACGAGGAGACUGAAUCUGAUGAUGCAGGCCCCGGUCCUCGUAAGAUGUGCAACACGGUGUCUAUGCCCAAGCUUCUUCGUGAUAUUGGGGAUGUUCUUGGCAACAAGUUUUAUCUACCCAGGCAGAAAGAGAUAGUGGUGGGGCCCAGUUCCUUAAAGGCAUCACAUUCUCCAUUUACUGGCUCACUCUUAGUUGAUCCUGGUUCUUAUUUCGUGCUUGGGGGUGCACUAGGCAUGUCAGGAGAUUCUUCCCCGUCGGAUAAACCUUCCAUGGUUGACAAAAUGAGAACUGCGUCCCACACCUUGGAUUUCGAGGCUUAUGUUCAGGCUGGAUGGUUACUUAAGAUUCCUUACUGUCGAAAGACAUCACCUCCUAUGAGUGGAGUAGUUUUGUCCAUCCACCGACCACAAUGA